AUGUCACCAAGACCGCCGUUCUUGAUCGAAGCAGGGGCGGAUGCUGCGAUAACGAGCAUCCUCAUCUUUCAGGAUCAGCAUCACGUGGAGCAGGUGAAGCUGCAGGGUACCAUCGACCAGCAGAUGAAGCUUAUCGACUUCCUCCAGGCGAAGAUCGAGAACCCGAGCAAGAAGAAGAAGAAGGGAUUGUUCGGCGGAGGAGGCGGCAGUAAGAAGCAGCCGGCGCAGAAGUUCCCGAUGCAGUGGCGUGACCUGGAGGCAAUGCUGGAGCGAGAGCGCGGCGUCAACCGCAAGCUGACCGAGCAGCUCAACCAGAUGCAGAAGCAAGUCAUCCACCAGCGCAAGCAGGCAGGGGCGACGCUCCCCAGCAGCGGUGGCGCCACCACACAGCCGGCCAAGGUGGCGCUGUCGUCGAUCGUCGAGCCUCAGAUGGAGCGGAUGACGCUGCUGCGGGCGUCGGCUGGCGCGCGGCAGCCGCGAGGGGGCGCCACCGCUCGUUGCGACAUCCCGCACCGAUUUGUCUCGGCGUUGAACACGCGCGCGGCGACGUGCGCUGCCUGCCUGGAUACCAUACACCUCGGCCGGCAGGCGUCGCGAUGCGCAGAAUGCCACCUCUCCUGCCAUCCCAAGUGUGCCACCAACCUGCCCAGCACCUGUGGCCUGCCGUCAGAAUACCUGGAUCACGUGACCAAGUCGCCAUUCGCCACGGUGACGCCCUCUCCUGGCGUGCCAUCGUCGGACAAGAGCGUCCGUCUGGAGGGCUGGCUGAAGAUACAGGGGGUGAAGAGCGCGUGGGACAGGAGUUAUGUCGUCGUGCGCGGUGCCACGCUCAGCGUCCACGACAAGGAAAACGCUGCGACACGUGGCGCCGGCGAUGCGUUUGACCUCGCGCCGGCGGACGGGGUUGUGGUCGUUCAUGAGGCGGUGGGCAGCUCAGAGCUACCGACGGCGGCGGCGUCCGACGUCCCCUACAUCCUGCGCGUCGAGUUCAGGCCGCACACCACCUGCUGGCCGGCCAGGAACCUCUACCUGAUGACGCCAAACUUCCUCGAGAAGAACAAGUGGGCGUGCGCGCUGGCGAGCGUCGUGGCGGCACACGCGAGUCCCGCGCCGGACGCUCUGCUGCGGGGCAACGUCGUCACGAGUCUGACCACUUCUGACCGCAAGCUGGACGUCAACUGCACCCUGGUGCUCAACGAUCAGCUGCUGCUGCUGCUGGGAGCGGAGGAGGGACUGUUCGCGCUGCCGCUGCCGGCCGACCCCUCCGGUGGCGCCCUCUACCGGGUCGAAGGCAUCGACAAGGUCUACCAGAUGCUGCCUCUCACUCAGCUGGGUCUCAUCGUCAUGAUCACCGGCAAGCACCAGGAGCUGUGCACGAUUGAGGCGGCGCCGCUGGCGUCCCGCGUGGCGCGAGCGAGCGUCGCAGCGCCCACUGUGACGCCGGCGUUUGUCUCGUCGAUAGCGACGUGUCACCUGAUCGCGGGCGCGUGGCGUGAGGGUUGCGGAUUCGUGUGCGCAGCCCUGCCGGACAAGCUGAAACUGCUCAAGUACUGCGCUACCACGUGCGAGUUUGUCGUGCUCAAGGAGUUUGCGACGGCGGAACCUUGCAGUUGUCUGCUGUUCACUGAACACAGCGUGAUCCUCGGAACAAACACCUACUAUGAGAUCGAUCUCAUGCAGGGCACCAUCGAAGAUUUUCUCGACGCGUCCGACACGUCUCUGGCGUACGUCGUCUACGCUGCUGCCGGCCGCAGCAGCUUCCCCGUUUCCGUCAUGCAGGUGUCGCCACCUGGCAAGGAGGAGGAGUUCCUGCUCUGCUUCCACGAGUUCGGCGUGUUUGUGGACGCAUACGGCUGCCGCUCCCGCAAGGAUGACAUGAAGUGGUCGCGGCUCCCCUUGGCGUUCGGCUACAGCGCCCCCUAUCUCUUCAUCACGCACAUCAACUGCGUCGAGGUGUGCGACAUCAACAAGCGCACGUCCUCUUCCAGCGGGGGCGCCACCGUCGCGCAGGCGUACUUCCCCGUGACACGUCCGCGCUACCUCGGCGAGGCGGGCUCCCCCGGCGCCAUCUAUGUGGCGUCGUGUCGGCCCGGCGGCGCCGAGCUGGUGUGCCUGCGAGGCAAC